CCGAGCUACAGGAGCAGCAAUCUACACGCCGGUGCGUGCGCGCGACUAACGGAGAGCUCUUACAGAGCUGAGCGCAAACAAACAAACGAACGAACGAGCGAGCACGAUAAAAAGCUCGAAAAUUAAGGAAAACACCAAGAAGGAUUGACUCCAUUCUCGUCAGUUGUUGUUUUGACUGCACGUUUCCUCGCGUGAUGGACGUGGCUACGACGAUGGAAGUAAGCGCGAGCCAACAGCAGCAUCAUCAUCAUCAACAUCAGCAGCAGCAGCAUCAUCAUCAUCAGCAACAGCAGCAGCUCGUGCCACCUGCGUGCUUCUUCGCCGUGCAGCCGAGCGCGAGCGGCGCGCCCUUGGCGUCCUCCAGCGCUCACUCCAAGCGACCGCGCUCCUCCUCGCCGGAGCUGCUGCGCUGCAAGCGGCGCCUGAGCUUCGCGGGAUUCGGCUACAGCCCUCCGCAGCAGCAGCCGCAUGCGGUGGCGCGGCGCAAUGAGCGCGAGCGUAACCGCGUCAAGCUGGUGAACAGUGGCUUCGCCACGCUGCGCGAGCACGUGCCGCAUGGGGCGGCCAACAAGAAGAUGAGCAAGGUGGAGACGCUGCGCUCGGCGGUCGAGUACAUCCGCGCGCUGCAGCAGCUGCUGGACGAGCACGACGCCGUGAGCGCGGCCUUCCGAUCGGGGGCGAUAGUGCACGGCCACGCCGCUGAACUCAACUCCAUGGCCGGCUCGCCGGUGUCCUCGUACUCGUCGGACGAGGGCUCGUGCGACCCGCUCAGCCCUGAGGAGCAGGAGCUCUUGGACUUUGCCAGCUGGUUCUGAGCACGCGCAGUAAAACCUCUCUUCUCUUUUGCCCUACUUGAUGGUCACCCUCCCGAACACUGGUUCGGGGCGUCCUAUCUCCAGAUCCCCUGUCACUUUCCAGUUUCCAGAGGGAUGACACUGAGCACUGACUGCGCUCGCGCUUCCCUGUCCCGGACAGAGACCCCCGUGUCUCGCGGAGAGCCAAGAAACCAGGGGGAGCACAUGUGGAGGAACCUGGAGCCAAAGAACUCGAAAGAAUAGCAAAGCCCCUAAAAAAGACAGACUGAUAAAGAUACACAGAGAAGAAGAUCAGGGGUCUUCCAGGCUCCUUCGGCCCCUAAACGUCAAUGUCCAUUUAAGGGACUCUUAAUGGCACCCCGACCCAAAAAAAGCGCUGAAAACUCAAGAGUGAAGAGGGUCAACCGGCCGCCGGUGUGACCCACACUGACCCGUCCC